AUGGUAAAUCAAAAUUCCACUUUUACGGAUCUCCCUAUCCUCGAUAAAGUUGCCGUGGCCUUUCCUCACUACCUUUACGCCACCGGUGUCGAUAAACAAUGGACAGGUUUUGCCAUUCUAGGCGCCUGGGCCACGUUGCUCCUUAUCUUCUUUUCAUACGCCACAGUCCAACAACCCAAAUCUUCCCUUGAUCCGAAUGACGAUAAGGAAUCUCCUUUGUGGGACCCUUCAGACCGGGAUGGAAGUGCUUUUCUUUUGAGAGAAACAGGCGAGGCCAAAUCGGGCAAUCAGCAGACAAUCAGCUGGCAGUAUGCUGCUCUGAUGCCGGUUUUUGGCGCUGGAGCCUUGUUUGCUUUGGACUACGCUAUCAGGAACUGGAACGUGCUGAAAAGCACCUUGAUCAACGGGUACUUUUUGCUUGUGCUGUUUGCCUCGUCGCUUCUGCUUCUCCAUAUUGUCACGAUUUCGGCCGCCAGAAACAUCGGCUACUGGUUGGGCUUGAAGGGCAAUUCCGCUUUCUUCAUCAAGCGUACUAGAUUGACCUACUCCACUGAAAACGAGUUGCCAUUGGGCUUCUACGACCGCAUCGACGCCAAGUCUUUGGAAUUGAGCAAGGAGAAGUUUGAAAAACUAGAGGACUUCAUGUGGGAGCAGAACAACGCUAAGAUUGUUCGUCUUCCCAAGCUCAAAACCAAGGACCAGGAGUCGGCUUUUGUUUACGACAAUCGCUGGUUCUGGAUUUUCUUGGGAUCGCUCCUGUUUCUGGCUGUCUACUUCAAUUACAACCCAGCAUUGAGCUCCAGCUACGAGUUGCCUCAAACAAACUGGAUUGUGAGUAAUGCCGUCGCCUCCGCUUUACUCUCCAACAUCACGUAUGUGAAAGUCGGCAACGUCAAAGUUGCUGGAAUCCUUCUCCUUGGAAUGUUUGCCUACGACAUCUAUUUCGUGUUCCGCUCUCAUUUGAUGAUGUCCGUGGCUACAGGUAUCGAUAUGCCCGGCAAGUUAGUCUUUCCAAAGGGCCCCGAAACUCUUUUGUCUUUUGCCGAACUCUCUGGCCUUACUCACAAGGACUUGCGCCUUGAGUCAUCUUUGCUUGGUCUUGGCGACAUUAUGUUACCAGCCAUUUUCGCCUCUUUGUGCCUCAGAUUUGACUACCACAGGUUCUACUCCAGAAACAAGUUGGCCUUCCACAGACUUCGCAGCAUCGGUGUUCCAAACUACUUUGUGGCCCUGAUUGUGGGUUACAUUGCUGCAUUGGUGGCCACUGUCGUUGCUGUGUUUGUUUUUGAGCAGGGUCAACCAGCAUUGCUCUAUAUUGUGCCUAGCAUGUUGAUCGCUGUCACCCUGACUGCGCUUAUCAAGGGCGAUUUGAGCGAGCUUUGGAACUAUCGUGAGGAAUUGGCCAAGUACGAGCCAGAGAAAGAGAAGAAGGCGAAGAAGGAGAAGAACGAAAAGGAAGAUGAAGCUGACAAGGUUGAAGUUGUCACCACGGAGACGUUGUAUGAGUUUGGUGAUGCUACCGAUGACAGUGACGACACUUUCUUGAUUGAAGAUAGCACCGACGCUGACGAAGAUUCCGAUAUUUCUGAUCUUGAGACCGAGCUUGGUCAUUUGAUACAAGACCAAAUGGUUGAAGUUGAAUCUGUCGAGGACGAAUCCGAUUAG